AUGUCCACAGAAGUCUUCCCUCAAAAGCUACUGAAAGAAGCGAGUGAGGCAUACCUGGUGGGUCUGUUUGAAGAUUCUAAUCUGGCAGCUAUCCACGCUAAGCAUGUCACCAUCAUGCCGAGAGAUGUCCAGCACGCAAAGCGUAUACGCUGUGAUGGCCGCGGAGGGAUGGUCUGAGUUGAUGCACGAGCGUUGUACCAGCUUCCUUUCGCGUAUACACCCCUCUUAAACC